UGUAAUUCUAUCCAAAGUUCCGUAAGCAUGGAUUCUUUUUUGUAGCAAGGGGAUAUAAAUUGCAGUAGCCAGAGUACAAGAUUCAGAGAUCUGCUAGAACUUCGUUCACGCUCAGGUCUGCCAUUUUUUGGGAACUGCAAACUUGAAGAACCAUGAAGUCGGCCGCACUGCUGCUGCUGCUCAUGACACUCUGGUGCCCCUCCAGUGCUCAGCAAUGCAGCUUCCAGGACUUGGUGAGACUUGGAAGUGAUGCGCUGUUGAAGUCCUUGGCUUCAGCUGUUCUGGAAAAAGCAACUCUGAGCUGCACAAGUACCAGUUCAUCUGGAUCAUACGCCAACUGCCCAUCAGAUUACUUACCAGUAAGCUGUUCUUGUGGGAACGCCUGUGGUUCCUGGGACAUUCAGAACGAGAAGACCUGCCACUGCCAGUGUGCCAACCAGGACUGGACUUCUGCCCGCUGCUGCAAGAUAGGAAUCAAGUAGAGGGCACAGCCGCCACCUGACUGCUUCAGAUCAGAGGAGACCCUGCCAAAUGGAUGAAUUCUGCACUCCCCCUUGAAUUUACUCUGUUUUAUUCUGUCAGGCCCUCUUGUGUAUUGCAGGAAUAUAUGGAGGUGCAUUUGACUUUUUGAUUAUAAAAAUAAAAAAAUAUGAAAAAUAAAUCAAUGCAGCAUUAA